AUGCAGCAAGGAGACCCCCUCGCCACGACUCCCGACGAAGACGUCGUGCACCCUGCAGCUGGCUCUGCAGACACGGCCAAAAAGCUCGCACGAUGGCGGAGGACGGUAGGGCUAGUGAUGCUGGGACUGGUGGUGUUUCUAUGGACGGCGUCGAAUUUCUUGGGGAGUGCGAUUUUGGCGGACGACACGUCCUUCAACAAGCCGUUUUUUCUGACGUAUCUGAAUACGUCGUUCUUCGUGCUCCCGCUUGUUCCGGCGCUUUGGCAUCGGAUAAGGAGGAAUCCGGAGGAAGUGAGGGAGUGGUGGGAGGGGUGUCGCGCUUGGGUCAGGAAUCCGAUCAGGUCUAUGAGGAAAGGGGACUAUCGGAGUUUGCAACCGAGUAGUCCGCUGGCUACGGCGCACCAUCGUUCGAUGUCUGAUUCCCAGGAGUUACUUCUUAGCGAUCCUCGCGCGGCGACGUCUAACCCCAAAACCUACGAAGGCGAAGAAGACCGUGAAGAAGAGCCAGCGCUCACCCACCUCACCUUAUCCCAAACAGCCCGCCUCGGCCUCGAAUUCUGCAUCCUCUGGUUCCUCGCCAACUACCUCGUCGCCGUCUCCCUCGAAUACACCACCGUCGCCUCCUCCACCAUCCUCACCAGCACCUCCUCCGUCUUCACCCUCGUCUUCGGCGUCCUCUUCAAAGUCGAGCUCUUCACCUGGCGCAAACUCCUCGGCAUCCUCGCCUCGCUGUCCGGAAUCAUCCUCGUCUCCUCUGUGGAUCUAUCUGGUACAAGCGGGGACGCGGAGCACCGGGGUGACUUUCCUGAGAAGACGCCGAGGGAGUUAUUCAUCGGCAAUGCGCUCGCGUUCCUCAGCGCGGGGACUUACGGGGUGUACACGGUUUUCAUGAAGAAGCGCAUCGACGACGAGAGCAAGAUCAACAUGCCGCUGUUCUUCGGCUUCGUCGGACUCGCCAACGUCUUGCUGCUCUGGCCGGGGUUCUUCCUCCUCCAUUUCAUCGGGUUGGAGACGUUCGAGCUUCCGCACGAUAAAACGGUGCUCGCGAUUAUCCUGACGAACUGCGUCGCUUCGCUGCUAGCGGAUAUGGCAUGGGCGUACGCCGUGCUGCUCACUACACCUAUCGUCGUCACCGUCGGUUUGAGCCUGACGAUCCCGCUCUCGUUGGUCGGGCAGAUGGUGUUGAAUGCGCAGACGGCUACCGCUAUCUACUGGGUAGGCGCGGUGGUGGUGGUGGCGAGUUUUGUGUUUGUGAAUCAUGAGGAGAAGAAGGAGGAGGAGGUGGUGGUGCAUCAGCAGGUACUGCAGCGUGGUGCUAGUGUUGAGAUCGUCGUCGACGCGUUGAGCGGCUUCCUCCUGCUCCCAAUUUUUCAUGUUGGCGGCGUCGCGGGCUUUUUCUUCGGGGGAGGUGAGGAAGUUCGAGAGAGCUUCGCAGGCGGCGCCGAGGAGGCCUUCGGAUUCGCCUUCGGUGGGCAUGAUGGAGAGGGGGAGAGGUGA